AAACAGAGCCGAAGGAAAAAGAGAGUGUCGUAUGUUUCUCCUGUAAGCGUGCGCGCAGUGUGUGUGUGUUGGUGUGUGUGAGUGUGUGAGUGAAUGUGUGGUGUGUGUGUGUGUGUGACAAAGAGCAGAAAAGAGAAAAUUUCAUAGGAAGUUUAUUAACGCUGGAGUGUAAUAAGUUUGUUUUGUGAUCGGAGCUUGUUUUUCCUGCUUACAUCAUCAUCAGCGCUGAGUGUUGAGCUCAGCUGGUCAUGUUAUCUUCAGCAAAGUUUUCCCUCAGCAGUGUGUAGCUCGGUUUAGUGAAGAUACCUGACAUGGUUUAAGCAGAAAUAGUCUUCUUCUAGUUUGUUUGUUUUCGAAUGGCGUUUGUGGGUUUGUGUAGUGGAAGCAGGCUGGUGCUGCUGCUGGUGAGCUCUUACUGCAUUUGCUGGACUCAUUCAGAUUCAGAGGACACUGUGUAAGUGGUAACUGAUUGACUUUGUAGAUUAGCCAGAUGUCUGGUCACCCGGGCCAGGUAUGAAUGUGUAGAGACCGUUUUUAACAACACAGGAGAAACAAAAAAACAAAACACACAUCUGGGGCAGGAUGCUGAAGACCCUCACUAAAAAGCUCAGAAGACAUUCCCUCAAUGAAAUCCAUCCUUUUCAACUUAAGAUUUCUUACCAUGGCAGUGAGGAGGGUGGAGAGAGUGAGGAUUCUGAAGGGGAAAACCAAGAGCUGGCACAGAUUGAUAGAGAGCGCAGGAGAAACUGUGUUUUGACCCCUCUGGCCACGAGCCAACAGCACAACCAGGGUCUGCUGUCCCCGGCCCACCUCCGGCGCUUGAGGCUGCUGCUGGAGCCAGCAAUGGACCGUCACAGUUCAGAAGAGGAGCUGGAGCGCAUCGCAGGGGCCACGGGAUCCGAGGGCAGCCGCAAGUGGCCCCGACAUGGCGAGCUCAGCAGCGCUUCCAGUGACGAGGAGGUGAAAGACCUGUGUGAGCCGGGUUCCGGAGCCCGUCUGAGUGCCACUUCGCCCAGCCCGGUUCUCUUCAGCUCUUCUCCGCCCAGAGGCCUCAAACCCCCACCCACCAUCACCACUGCCCGCCUCCCCUCCAGGCCCAUCAUCCUCAGUCAUUUCGAGCAGCCCGCCAUGCCCUACUGGAGGCAUCGGCCAUCCUACACAGGGGAGCCUGGCCGGCCCAGCCUGGACCUGGAAAAGAUGCAACAGAAAAUGCUCCUAAAAAAGAACUGCGGUGGGAAAACAAGGACUAUAAAGAUCCGGAACUUGAGCAGCAGUCGUCACUCCCCAAGAUACUCCUACGACCCGUCCAUCUUUGCCUUCCGGUCUCUGAGCACAGCUCCCCCAUGCAGCCCCCUGCUCUCCAAUGAGGAACCUCCGUGUGCUUGAGGGGAAACGACUGGAAUUUUUCAGAGACUAAACAACGGAGUUUGUUGGACCAAUAUUUUCCUCGUUAAGACAAAAGACAAUGUUCUUGUCUUGUUAUUUUGCAGGAUUUUAGCCUGAACAAAGUCCCUCUGUUGAUAAAACAGGAAGUCUAGACAGAAUGGCAGAAUGUACAGGAGGAUCAGGGAGUUGGACGACAUUUUCUUGUGCUAUCUCACCCUCUCUGGCUCUCUGACCCGAUCUCAGGAAAUCCCUUUGAUACUUGCUACAAUGACAAGGCCAUAGCCACUGUAGUGAACUGCAAACGACAGAGCCACAAUCUAAAGCUGCAUCUGAUGGCUACAGAUGGGAGAAACCAGCAUAAUUUGGUCAGUGGUUCUUAGAUAAUGCCUCAUAACUGGCCACCUCUUGAUGUUUCAGGUAUGUGCUUGUUCCAUUGCAGUUUUGGGCAUGUGCAUCAUCACUGUUUGGAGAUCAUGUAGAGCAGUGGCCACCAACCCUGGACCUGGAGAUUUACCUUCUUGCAGAGUGUAGUUACAUUACAUUAAUGGCAUUUGGCAGACGUUCUUAUCCAGAGCGACUUACAGUUUGAUCGUUUUACACAGGUAGGCGAAGGUUGUGUUAAGAGUCUUGCCCAAGGACUCUUAUUUGUAUAGCAUAGGGUACUUACUCAGGGGGGGAUUGAACCCCAGUCUACAGCGUAGAAAGCAGAGGUGUUACCCACUACACUAUACCAACCAACCAGAUGUCAUAUGAAGCUUUUAGUUGAAGUUCCAGCCACAAUCUGCUACACCUGCUUCAGCUAAUUGACUUACUAAGAAAUCUGUGGUUGGCUGGAUCAGAAGCAUUAGUGUUGGCUAAGGAGGGGCAGCACGUUAGAUGCAGGUUGGAACUAAACUCUUUAGAAAAGUAGAUCUCCAGGAGGAGGGUUGGUGACCACUGUUGUAGAGGGUCUAAACCAGGGGCGCCCAAUUCUGGUCCUGGAGGCCUUCAGGGGCAUCUGACUGUAUGAGCCAGGUGUGUUGGAUCUGGAUUCUCCAGGGUGGUAGAUCUCCAGGACAAGGAUUGAGUGCCCCUGUUCUAAACCAAGAGCAUCAGUUGUGAUGGAAAAGAGAGACAAUCUAUUGCAUUUUUGGAGUAAAUUUUUUUUUUUAAACUUAAGAGGUAUUACCACCAGAGUGACCAGAUGCCAGGUUUCCAACAUUAGGAGGAAUUCGGUAAUAACUCCAGAGAAGAUUUCAUACUUUUUAGGUUUGGUCAACAGCCUAAUUAUUAAAUCAUUAAUGAUUUAUAUAACCGAUUGUGUGAUCUAAAGACUGAAAUUACCUGGUGACUGCUCUAGUGCUUGUCUAAUGUGUACUGUACUUUGACAAUACGUAUCUAGACAAAUUAAUAAAGAAUCAUGGUACUAGUCCAGCCUUAGACUUAGCAUUAAGCAUGCAAAUCUGUUAAACAGUCGCAAGUUUGACAGCUGUUUCAUCAGACAGCGUAUACAGUGUGAUGUGCCUAAACUAUGCUCCUUUGCCACGUUUGAUUGUUUUGGGUCAUGUGCAGUUAAGUACCAAAGUAAGUCAUUUUCAUUAUGUUUCAUUUUAAACUCCAUAUGGUUUAAGACGCUUUCACCAUCCUGACUACACCCUUCCAUUUGUUUUGGUAAAAACAAAUAGAAUGAUGAAUAUAAAACAUGGAAGACAUGUUAAUGUGUGCAGUAUAUCACAUAAGUAAUCACAUUGUGUAAGAUAGGUUUUGAUUAACUAUGUACUGUAUUCAACAGCAUACCUAGCCUUUCGCUGAAUGUAGCCUACACUUGUAGGGGUCGAAGCAUAGGAUAACUACAAGGAACUAUUUUUUUGGAGUUGUUAUGGGUUCUACAGGUUCCACUUCAAAUGUAUCCGUGUGAAAGAAAUACGAUAUGCACCUUCAGUUUGGACAGAACGUACAUGUUUGUAACAUGUAAAAAGCCACUCUUCCUCUUCCCACUGUUCCACUGAGAGAAAUAAACGUCUCUUGGCUCCAAC